AAAUGUUCACUAGUAAACCGCAUUUGGUCCCCAUAAAGCUAUUGACGAGUUCCUUAUAUCUUCGUGCUUUUUUUGUCAAUAAUAUGAACAAUUUGAGAUGGUUAACCGAUAAUAAUAAUCGUGAAUUCACCUUCCGAACACAUCUUAGAGAGUCAGGCAAAUAUGACUUUUACUAUGGCAAGUUUAAUAUAAAAGUCACAUCCUCAGGAUCGAAAAUGGGCAAAAAAUACUGGAAGAUCCACUCAACAGAAUCUGUUAUUACUUUGAUCUGAUAAGAUGACAAAACUUGCCCAGACCAAAGAAUCUACGUAUCUUCUAGGGUAAGACGAAUGAACUCCAGCUAGAAGCGACCACAAUUUCAAGUACGGAGAAGCCUUAAUGCACUUGGUGAAAGGCUAUGUGGGUACGGGAAUAUUUUCAAUGGGAGAUGCCAUGAAGAAUGGGGGCCUUAUUUUCGGUCCCAUUACGACUUUCCUAAUUGGAAUGAUUUGCUUACAUUGCUGUCACUUAUUAGUCAAUUCCGCUCAUAUGCUGCACAAGCAUUAUAAGCUGGAUAGAGUACCGGAUUACGCUGAUACCGCUAAGCUCAGUUUCAAGCUAGCUGCCCCCGAAUUUCCUGCUUGGGCUUUCGUAGCAAAGCUAACAGUAAAUGUAUUCCUCAUAAUGGCUCAAGUAGGAUUCUGCUGUUGUUAUUUGGUGUUCAUUUCAUGGAAUAUUCGAGAACUGCUGAUCGCCUAUAAAGUCCCCUUGGACAUUCACUCGAUAAUUGCCCUAGUGGUGAUUCCAAUCUGGAUAACUUGCCUGAUUAGAACAUUGAAAUGCUUGGCAUAUUUAUCAAUAAUAGCAAACUGUACGUUGCUGACAAGCAUUGCGAUCGUUUUGUAUUUUGCCUUUACUAUACCAACCAGCGAAUGUCCAGCUGGAUUGUUGGUGCCUGGAAUUUCCGAAUAUGCGAUUUUUUUCGGGCAGAGUAUUUUCGCAUUCGAAGGCAUUGGAUUGGUGUUGAUUUUAUACAAUGAAAUGAGUGAACCAGAAGAAUUCUACGAAACUUACGGCGUUCUGAACAUAGGCCUACAUAUGGUCACUGUUACGUAUAUUUUUUUCGGAGCUGUAACAUAUCUGCAGUUCGGAAAUGACAUCAAAGAAACCGUUACUUUAAAUUUGAAUACAUCAGAAUAUUUAGGUCAACUGGUACUAGUUCUUAUAUCGGUUGGAGUUAGCUUCAGUUUUUCCCUGCAACUUUACGUGGCGGUCGAUAUCACCUGGCCAAAAAUUGUAUUCUGGCUAGGUCCAUUCAAAUAUCCGGUUUGGGUGGAAUUAUGGUUUCGGACAGCCUUAGUAAUAACUAUAUUUGUUAUGGCUGAAGCAAUACCAAGACUACAAAUACUGUUGGCUUUUGUCGGAUCCUUCCUCAGUAUCGCUUUGAUUGCAAUUUUUCCGGCGGCUAUCGAUAUCGUAGCAACACUCGCAUUUAAAAAAAUGACACCAUUUAUUUUAAUUAAAGAUGUUUUAAUUAUAAUAUUUGGAUGUGUGGCAACAGUUGCAGGAACAUAUGAAAGUUUGGCAUUAUUAGCCAAAGAACUGUAAUUGGAACACAACAACAAUGUAAAGGAUCGUACAAAAGAUACAGUUAUUUAGAAUUGUAUUUGCCUGAUUCUAAGGCAAGCGUGAUAACAUUUAGAAAUAAAACUCACUAUUAAUCGUAUACAAACCAACUAAGUAUGUUUUAUUAUUUUAGAAGUAAAAACUAGCUGUUAAGAGCGCCAGAAAGAACGCAACAUUGAAAAUAUCACAAAUCAUUAUCAUUAAUGAGUAACUCGAGGGCGCUACAUCUCUAAAAUUAAAUUUAACAAAAUGUACAGUAUAAAUAUCCUGAAAUAAAACAUGUUUACCUGUAUAUAUAAUCAA